AUGGACCCGACACCCCGUCACUCAGCUGCCGCGGCUAAAAGCGUCCUGCCGCGUGGGGACGUCCUCCCACGCCUCGUCUUCAUGUGUCGCAUCGCAUUAAACCCGAGUCCUGCUGCAGCGCCCUCCGGCCCGAUCCAAACCGUCCCGGAUCCACAGACCACGCCGUCCCACAUCAUCGGCCAGCUGGACAAGCUUCUCAGAGAGGUGUCGACUCUGGACGGCGUCCUGGAGGUCCGGAACGAGCACUUCUGGACCGUUGGGUUUGGGUCUCUGGCUGGCUCCGCCCACGUCCGGAUCCGGCGGGACGCCAACGAGCAGCUGGUUCUGGCCCACGUCACCAACCGGCUGCUGCCGCUCGUCGCCACGCUGACCGUCCAGAUCUUCAAGGACGACUGGACCCGCCCCCUGCUGAGCGGCGUGCUGUCCUCCCCGGCCGCCACGCCGCCGCUGCCGGUGGCUCCUGAAGGCUACGCCGCCUCCUUCCCUCCGGUUCUGUACGGCUCAGCGGGAGGCCAGGAGUUCGACCCGCUGACCUCCACGCCCUCCAAGUCCAGCAGCCCCCCGCCGGAGUUCUCCUUUGACACGCCGGGCCGGAACGUGGCGCCGCUGGUGCUGCCCGCCCCGGGCCAGCACACCCACCGGCCCUACGGAGGCCUGGGACUUUCCUACGGGGCGCCGCCGUACGCCGGGAUGCUGGGGGCGGGGCCCGGGGCGGGGCGGGGCCUGGCGAUGCCGGGCCUGGGCGCCGGGUUCAGACUCCCUUCCUCUCACAGCUACAGGACUGCCUUUGUUGGCUCAACGCCGCCGCUCCGGUUCGGAACCGGCAACCCUGCAGCGCCUCAGUCCCAGUACAGACACUACCAGCCCUGA